AUGAGUGCUGGCCCCCAGCUGCAGCUGGCUGUCCUCUGGCCUUGGCUGCUCAUGGCGACCCUGCAGGCAGGACUUGGCCAUACAGGGCUGGUGCUGGCGGCGGCGGUCGAGUCGGAGAGGUCGGCGGCGCAGAAAGCCAUCAUCAGGGUGAUCCCCCUGAAAGUGGAGCCGAUCAUACUGGAAGGGGAGUUCGCAAACGUUGCUGAGGUGACUCCAGCCGAAGGAAAACUGCUCCAGUCCCACCCACUGUCCCUGUGCAACACCAGUGAGGAUGAACACACCGAAUCGGGAUUCAUCACCAUUGUCAAGCUUGAACAGCCAGAUCGGGAUCCCAACCCCUGCCUGUCGCUGGCUAACAAGGCAAAGCUGGCGGGGGAGCGUGGAGCCCGUGCGAUCCUUUUUGACAUUACUGAUGAUGAAAGCGCUGCUGAUCAGCUGAGAAAGCCCAGAGGUCUGAGUCAGCCUGUGGUUCUGAUCAGGGGCCAUGAUGCUGAGCUUCUCAUGGGCGUCGUGAACAAGAACAGAGAGGCCCACGUGAAGAUAGAGGUCAAGGAGCCACCAGCUUGGCCAGACUACGACGUGUGGAUUCUUCUCACGGUGGUCAGUACUGUGGUUGUCAUCAUUUUGAUUUUUGUUGUCCGCACAAAGUGCCAGCUGAACAGGACUCAGGACUCCUUGCAGCAGCAGACCAUGCAGGCCAUCAGGCAGCUGGCCACGCGCAAGUACCAGGCAAGGUGCCGGCAGGCGUCGCGGUGGGACUCGGCCAGCAGCUGCAGUUCAGCCCCGGUCUGUGCGAUUUGCCUGGAGGAGUUCAGCGAGGGCCAGGAACUGAGGAUCAUCUCAUGCUCCCAUGAGUUUCACCGGGAGUGUGUUGACCCCUGGCUGCAGCAACACCACACGUGUCCGCUUUGCAUGUUCAAUAUUCUUGCCAGAGACUCGGUGGACCAGGCCAUGGCCGCUGGCUCCAGGCUGGCCCCUCGGGACAUGGAGCCCGGACGGCGACUCCACCUUUUCCGCCAGCACCCGGGACAUGCCCUUUACCACCUCCCACACGCGUAUCCUCAGAGAAACCUCAGGAGCUUUCCCCCGGAGCCAGCCCAUGGCAACCCCUUCUUCCACUCUCCGGAGCUCUCCCAGCUGGAUUUUGGCACCAUCCACUACAUGCCCUACAGGCCAGCCACCUCCCUGCUCGCCUGCGGCCACCCGUCCCCCCUGGCCCCGGGCUUGCUGGGCCAGCAGCAUCCCAGCCCCUCGGCGUGCGGGCAGACGCUGCCACCCCACAGGACUUGUUCUCUCCAGCCCCAGCCCCCCUGCCUGGGGCUCAAGGCAGCCCUGGCGCAGAAGCAGCACCGGGCACCCGCCCUGCGCCGGGGGGUCAGCCACGGGCACCAGCACAACAGCAGCGGCUCUGGGGAGAGCUAUCUCACGGACCACAGCGGGUACCUGGCAGAUGGGCCAGGCAGCGACUCCAGCUCGGGGCCCUGCCACGGUUCCUCCAGUGACUCCAUGUUGAACUGCACAGACGUCAGUCUGCAGGGCAUCCACGGCAGCUGCUCCACUUUCCGCAGCUCCCUCAGCAGCGACUACGACCCCUUCGUGUACUGCAGCUCAGAGGGACCCGCCACGGACAAUGGCCAGGGGCAGCCGCGGCCGCCAAGGGAGACGCGGCCCAGGUCCUUGGACCUGAUGGUGCCUGGGGGUGCUGCUCCGGCCAAGCCCCAGGUGCUCAGCCACGUCCACUACCAUCACCACCAGCACCAUCACUACAGAAGAGACGUGGAGUGUCCACCCGGGCGGGCCGGGCAGGGGCCUGGGCAGCGCAAAUCGCGGUACUCUGGGGCCAAGGUUGGCUUCCACGGUGCUCGGCCACAAAAGAGGACUGAGAAAAGCCAUCACUGUCAGCAGCCUCCGGAAAGCAGCGCUGUGCUACAGGAGGCAGCUCCAGCAGGACAGCCAGCCUGUCCCCAGCAAGGCUGUGAGCCCCCUCAUGCCCCCUCUGCUUCUCACAGGUUGGACUUCAGCGUAGAUGCCAACAGACAAUCGGGAGCAGCUGGCACAUCCCCUGUCCCGCUGCCCCUGAGACACAGCUUACAGAGCCGUCAUCACCGAAGGAAAAGAAAGUGUCCCCUGGAGCCUGACCCUGCUCUCCUGCCCGAGGACUCAGCCUUGCCCAAAGCCUGCGAUGCUCACGUUCCUCACAGCCAUCCCGCUGGUUACCGCUGCUCACCUGAAGUCCAGCCCCUGAUCCCAAGCGCUCCCCUGCCCUGCUCGGGCUCUCGGCCGCUCUGGAAGUGUUUAGUGCCACAGUUGGGCUCAGAGCUGAAAAAGCAGGAGGAGGGGUUGUCAGGACGGGAGGGAAACCGCACGGUUCCUGCUGAUUUCUCAGGGACGGGCACCCCCAGACACAGUCUGAGUCUUCACCUUCACUGCCCAUCUCAGCAGGGUAGUCAGGGAUCUGAAGAGGAGGUCCAGGACGUCCAUGAACACUCAGUUUAA